UUUGUACCGAAUACUGAACGACAUAACCGGGCACGAGUAAGAAAACGGUUCAAUGCUUGCUGACUUUCGAAGCCAAGGGAUGCUGGCCAUGCCAUCAGGAUAAGGUGAAGGCUGGUUUUAGAUUUGUUAUUCAUCCAAGUGUUAUUGUGAUGAUAAUGAUAGCUGUCAAAGUCUUAGAUUCAUAAUGGAAGCUGAUGUGAGGUGGUGCGCCAAUUGUAAGCUGAGAGGAAAGACCAAGCGCCUGAAACUGUUUCAGAUCAAUGAUGAGUUGGCAGCACUACUUUGUGACAAUGACGAGUGUGUUAACCUAGGUGAGAUUUCAUCAAUCUCAAGUCGCAUCAUACACAGAAAGUCUUCAGACAUCCCGAUAAGGAAGAAGCGUCGCCCCAACCAGACCCCCGUCUCUACUCCAAAGAUGCCAAACACGCACACCCGGCCUCCUGGUUGUUUACCCUCACAAUCAUCACCACUUGGCACAAGCACAGACUCCCACAGGUUACUCAAAACCGUUCCAACUUCGGUAGCUAUGCCACUGGUGCGACUGUGGAGGAACAAGAGCGCCCUCUGUUGGUUAGACGCGUGCAUGUUUGUCUUAGUGUCCUGCCGUAGCUUGCGUCCCUGCCUUGUGAGACUCCCCGAGAAGUCACUCAUUAGAACACUAUGCAAUGCAUUUGAGAACGGUCAGGACACACAGUGGUCGUCCCAGUCAGGCAACGUAAACUCUCUUAAAAAGCCCGAGGAAUGUAGCGCCCUCAACGUGUCUCCUGUCUUGUCUCAGUCGACCCAAUCAACCAUUCCUUCGUCUGCACUUGGCGCUAAUGACGGUCAAGAACUAUGCAACGCAAAGGCAGUGCAAAAUGACCAGGAUUCGACACACGCCAUCACCCCAGUCGGUGGCGCUGAUCACAGGUCAGUGGACCCACUGGGCGACGUCCGGAAAGAACUGUUUCAGAAGUUGCAGACGAAGUUGAGUUGUCGGCUCGGCCAUGAGGAGUCUCCAGUGUUUGCGUUGCCUGCUCUUCUAAAGCUGGAUGGGACUGUGGAAGAGCACUUCCUGUCUAGAUAUAGAUGGGAAUUCUACUGUGAUCAGUGCGGACAUGCAGAUAUCAGUGUGAAUAAGAAAACAGUUAUUACGUUGCCGUCAGUGCCUGCCGAUUUCAACAUGGCCAACCCAACAAUGCUGCACUGCUGUACUCGAUGCCAGUCCCAGUCUCAGAAGUCGCACCUUGUCUUUCAUAGUUCUCCUGCGUGUGUGAUGCUGCAUUUCCAAGACGGUCUAGCCGACGGUGAUUUCAUGAGGCACAGUAGUUUCACUCAGGGAGGAGAGACCUAUACUCUAUCGGCAGUCAUCCAGUAUCGGAGAAAUCCAAAUCAUUUCGUCACCCUGCUUCGAGAUCCUGAAUCUAACCAUUGGCUGGAGUAUGAUGACAUCCUUCCAUCCCCGUUCAUGUGGCAAAGACACAACCCACAGAUACCCGCCAAAGAGAUCCACGUGUUAAUAUGGGAACGUGUGACCACUCCGUGCACAGCAUGCAUCAGAAUGCAGUCGGACGUCACCGCCUUGCUUGACUCGCUGGAACACAGCUCACUGCGCAGCAUCCAAGAGAGUCAACAUAAAACGAACACCAGACAGAGAGGAGAUUCCCUCCGGAAUAGGAAGAGCAUGACAGUGGAACAUUUAGGUAGCUCGCGAUUAUUGCAUCAGAGUGGACCUGAACACCACACAAGUGAUGGUCGCAUCAACAGUGCAAAGUUUUUAAAGGGAGCGGCAGUUGGCGAAUUGAAUUCUAGCAUCGAUCAUCGGAAAGUACACGAGGCAGUUGAUUUGACAUCAUCGGAAACGAGUACUGAUACAACUGACAAUGGUGUUGCCGUUCACAAAGGAACUACACCCUACAGUAGUCAACUUCUUAACGCUCAUCUAGAAGCUAGGACGGACAGGAAUCACUGCGCUCCUCCUGAAGGUCCACUUGCAGUUCUCAACAACCUGCGCUUAUUCAGACCAAGUGUCACAAAGAAAGACACUGAGGGCAGCAAACAAAUGGAGCCGGUUAUCGCUGCGAAUAUCAGUGCAAGCACAAAGCAGAAACCACGAAUGCGUCCGCAGAGCUUCUUAGAGAAGGUGCAUGCUCGGAGGAAGAAUAAACUCGUAGAAAGGGAUGCCGGUACUCCGGAAAAGCCCAACACCUUGUCAGUUCUAGAUAGGAUACCCCAACAGUUGUUGAAAUACUCGGGUACAACGGGAGUUCGUUCUAAGAAGGGCAAUACGGAAGAUGAUGCCAUACAAAAUUGUACUUCGUCGAGAAAGGAAAUGUGUAGAACGGCGACAGUCUUGAGGCAGAUCCCCAAACAACUCCUUCCAGCCGCUGUUAAUGGUAAACUGUUAUUGUCUCACAGUGAGCAAAGUCUUCGUGUGACGAGAGUUAAGAGCGUUGAUUCUGUUCGAGGAGUAUCUACGAAGGUGGGCAAAUUCCAACCCUACGGCCACCGCAAGUCACAUCCAGAACCUCUAGGUAGAGUGACUCAAGUCAAUGCUCCGCACCAACAGAACGCCAUGACUGUCGCUGUCGGUCCGUGUACCUCUUGGCAGAAGAGGGUCGGGAAGUUCUCCAUGUCCUCAUCCACAAUGAGCAAGAGACUGAGGAGGGACAGCACGGAUGAAAACAGUUACUCCGAUCAGCCAAAACAGACCUGGUACCCUUCGUCCUCUGUGUCAAGUCCAAGUGCCUGCUCGGAUGUUAGCUCGCUGUCAGACAACCAGUCCUUUGCCAGCGGUCGAGAUGACCUGGCCGCCACGAUAGAAGAACUUUGCAAAGCCAUAGGCAGCGACUAUUCGUGCACUCCCUCUGUCAGCUCGAGGUUCUCCAGUCCGUCGCCAGACAUGUUUUACUCUGAGAACGUGAGCGAUGAGGGGGGCCCUUAUACGCUAGACAACUUACUUAAUGACAAUCAUUGCCUUCUAAAUGGUGAUUCCAAUCAUCAAUUGACUAAUAAUAGCGCGCACCAGGUGUCGGAACAACCCGGCGUAGGACACACGCCUUACACACAUGCAAUGGUCUCAUCUAUGCAUCAUCUUUCUGAACCAUCAACGGCUCACAGAGAAACCCCUUUGCUCACUCCACACAUCCCAACUCAAGAUGUCACCAUCAGUACUUUGAACUACCCUAAGGAAACUCAUGUCUCCAUUAGUGAAGGAACGCUGCCCUCUGUUGCCCAGACAUGCCCAGCCAAUAAGCCAUUAAAACCACUUGUGAACUCUGCAAUGUCGCCCUCUUGUGUGCCCAGCCCGCCAGCUAUUAGCACAGUUGCCAUGCAACAAGAGCUCCCCAAGCCAUGUGAUUCUGUGAUCCGAUCACAUGCUCCCGGUAGUUUCAAUUCAUUAGGUGACACUACAACAGGUGCAAUUACUUCUACAUCGUUACCAGUGGCUGGUCAGGCAACUAGUGAUGGACAGAGUGACUUUGACGAUAUCCUAAUGGACUCCAAGUUGUUCGAGGAGAAUUUGGAUUUCAUGGAAACGGAUUGGAGCGGUAAUUUUGUGGAGCUGCUUGCAUAACGGUUACCAGCCUGACACAAAUUAUGCCAAAAAAAUAGUUCCCUGUGAUGUUGCUUCUUUACACUCUAUGACCAGUGUCCAAAUUCAUAGAGCUGCUUAAAACCAUAAUGAGCCGCUAAGCAUAACAAAAUUACGCUUACCAGAAUAAGGAUUGUCAGCCAAAAACCUAAAUUAAAGUAGUGCAUGCCUUGAAUUAACCCCUGACACCUACUAGCCAUAGACCGAUCCAUUAAGCCCCGCCCAUUGCGUAUUGACCGAUCACAACGCAACGAAGGUCCGACAUGCGUGCACAUAUCUUGGCGCGCGCGGCAGAGUUGUGUAGAAAGGCAUUGGAGAGCCAUGUGUUCUUGCUCGCACGUGCGCCGUGGGCAGAGCCUACACGAUCGGUCUAUUGCCGUGGUGCCUUGUGCUUUUGCCGUGGUGCCCUUUGCAGUUCAUGUUCAAGUUGUCCUCAUAGAAGUGCCUCUUAACAUCAGAGGAAAAUUGCUGUGCCCCUUCAUGAGCGAAAUUCAAGGCCUGAUAUUGGUCACCUCUUGUUCUUCAAGGGAAAACGUCACAGCAUUGACCAUUAUGAAUGUUCAGUUCUGUGGUUCUAAAAUUGUAGAGAACUGUUUUAUCCCUAAUUAAUUUGCAUAUUAUCAUCAAGUUUACUUAAAUUAAGAUACUUUUUAUAAUUUAUAUAUCAAGUAAUAAAACCACAGCCUGACAAAAUGGGAAGAUUGCCAACGUUAGGGCUAAAUAAGCUCAGUUGGUAGAGCAAAGGCACGUUAGUAUGGAGGUCACAGGUUCGAUUCCCGCUUAAGUAAAUUUUUCUUUGUGUAACCAAAGAUUUUAUAAUUUUUGUAUACAUGAUCGGAGUAUUUCAAGAGAUAAUUUUUAUGUGAUCCAUGUUAUUCUGUGCUUUUAUGCAAUACACUCCACAUUGUUUCUGUAACACAAAGACAUUUCGUCAAAGUUCAGCACGUUGUCAUUCAGUUUUUCAAUGGCUUUCUCCAACAGUUGUCACACAACUCAAGAGUUAUACAUGUUCAUUGCCCAGUGACGUACAUGUAGGACUGGUUCGGCACAACAAAUAGCUAAGCACAACAAAAUUAUGCUUACCAGAAUAUGAUUACCAGCCAAUGUGCCUUUGUAAUGAAUUAUGUUCCGCACCUUCCCUCUCCCUCGCCAGAAGUACCCAUGUGCACUUUGGCAGCCAUACUUCAGGCAUAUACUUGGUGACAUGGUUGGCUUGUGCGUAAAUCGCUCGCCUCUCACCAAGGUGACCCCGGUUCAAUUUCUGGCCGGGGUCAUAUGUUAGUUGAGUUGUCAAUGGUUCUCUGCUGUGCCACAAGGGUUUUCCAGACCAUCUGGUUUUCCUCCCUCGGGAAAGAUCAAACACUUCGAUCUUUGGCUGCGCUCCAAGGUCAUGAUGGGUUGAUGUGGCUGGCAGCCAAAGGCGCCUUUACAUGCCUGCUUCUCGAACACGUUGUUGCCGCUGCAGUAAGUAUGAUUAGCCCCCCCAAAUUAUUAUAUACUGUUGCCAAUCUUUACCAGAGUAUGAAUUUUGUAUGAUAACAACAAAUAAGGCUUAAAGACAGUGGACACUAUUGGUAAUUGUCAAAGACUAGCCUUCACAGUUGGUGUAUCUCAACAUAUG